CAGCGGCAUUCCGGGCGAGGCCGGGGCGUUCGAGCAUUCGCUUCCGAUUUGAUCACACCCGCCGGAGAUGGAGUCGAAAAGCUAGCGUCGAGUCAUGAAGAUGCACGAGUCCGAGUCCUCUUAUUAGAUCAGUAGCACUCAGCUCGCACCGCUUGGCCAGUGUGAUUGACGAUCCGGAGGAGGAGCAGGCUCUUAUCGGUGAGCAAAAUCAAGACGGAUCCGGAAUUUGAACACUAUUGUCAUUGACUGUCCCUUUUAGAAAAGCGAUGAAUCUUCUGACACUAGACGAAGACAGUCUUUCUGCCAUUGUUGCACAUUUGAGCUGCGAUGACGCGCUCAGACUCUCACUCGUGGCCCGUUCUAUCCACACCAUCGCAAAGCACCACGCGCUGAAGCAUGUCACCAUUUACACUUACGACGGCCUGGUCAAAUUCUGCUGGUAUAUGCUCAACGACAUGCGUCACCGUCUGUCGUGCAUCGUUUCAUUCAUAGGGGAAUUAUGGAUCUUGAAUGACGCAGAGAUGGACGAGAGCAGCUUCUUGGGUCCGCCACUAGUCACGAUAGAGGAGUAUGAAGCAGCGGGCGCGCUCCUUGCAGGUGUGCUCGAGAGAGCGUGCAACCUCAGAACAUUCGUUCUCAACCGAGCGGAGGUCUGGAUGGAGUACGAACCUCGUAUAGCCGACGCGGUCAUCGUCAUGCGCCGCCUGAACGAACUGGUGUUGCGGGACAUCGGGCCUAUGGUUUCACGCGUUAUCCACAACAUGCAGUCCAAGCCCUGGAAGCUGGCAAUACCAGAAAUAGAUGUCAGCUCGUACUACGUGCACAACAUAUUCCCGCUGGACGACGGCCUUCGCCUACCUUUCGUCCGUCAUCUCACAGCGUACGGCAACAUGGCCUUGCCAUCCGUCGCCGGUCUAGUGCGCGUGUUUCCCAAUAUACGCUCGCUGGAUCUAGGAAACACCUACCAGGUCAAGGAACCCCCGAUCGAAGGCAUACUAGAGAUCAACUGGCCGCACCUCGAGCAUCUCGAGGGCAUGCCCGAGACACUGGCAAAAUGGCGAAACAUGACCCCGAUACACUCGGUGCGCCUGUGGAGAGACUUCGACGCUCGCUACCACAGAAACCCCAGGCUGCUUGAAGGAGUGCGCUCUGCACAACCUGUGGCACUGGCGAUCUCGUUUGGCUCCGCAGCCGAUGCAGGGUACUGGAACGAUAUCGUGUCGGUAUCUUCUAAGCUGCGAUACCUCCGCGUGGAUGUAUGCAGCACCCGAUAUUCGAGGAGUUGGCAACAGGAUCUAGAGACGUCGUUUGCUAAAAUCAUACCUACUCUUGCAAAGUCGACAAUCAUCUGCUUGGAGAUCUUGUGCUGCCUUCCCGAGCGCACGGAGAAGAAUGAGAAUGACAACAUGUCGGACCGCGCAUGCAACGACGUUGCAGAACACGAGAGCUGCGAAUCCAUCUGUUCCACCUUGCCGGCUGCAGUGGCCUCGAUUCCUACACUGAAGUACCUGUCGCUCCACACAUAUACCUAUUACGGGCAGCCGAUAGACGGGUUAUCCGAGCAUCCACUGACGGGAGGGCCUAUUGGUGGAGUUACGAUGGUUCGGGCGUCGAGAGAAUCGCAAUGCCCAUGGAUGCGACGAGGGGGAGGCGCAUCGCUGCGUAUCUGCGUUCUCCAGCAUAUGAUCACACGAAGGAAUUUUCUGAUACCACGGUGUUGUGACACCAGAUGUGUUGAGAUCUGGCAUCGCGGUCAGGACGGAUGGUACGCUCAAUGGGAUAAAGGCAAGUUAAGACAUAUGGGCGCACCUCACUCGCAGUAUGUUAGGUUGUGUGUUUGCACGCAUGUGGUGAUAGAACUCGGAUGUAGUAGAUAUACACCUGUCACGAAGGCAUUCUAAUGCGUGUCCGAAAGAUAGACUGCGACAUAUAUUAAAUGGCACA